CCAGGCAUCAAGGCAACUCCUGCUUUGCUUCCCUCUCGACCUUCUGUCUCGCGACGCGUUAUCCCUCGACUGUCCUAGAACCAAUCACUCUUGCGGAGGUUCCCGCACAGGCGGGUCCCUCCCACGACCGGAGGAUAAGACGGUUGUCCCCCCUCGAUCCUCGCUCCCGCGAGCGGCGCGACCACAGCCCGACGCUAAUUCAUUUUUCAGUUCCGGCAAGGCUCGGCGAAGCAAGGGCAGCCCGACAGGCCGUGUGUCCCCUCCCGGCCAGCGGCCUGAGGAGAAAGAGGAGGUAAAGAGGGCAUGCCGAGAGAUGCCUCCCAUUCGGCUCAAGCUGCGGGACAUGCCCCGCUUGCAGGACGGGCCGGCCGGGGGCGAUGACAACAGCAACGUCAACAAGCACAGGCGCGCAGCGGCGGCAGGAGAACCGCAGCAGAGCUCGGCCGGGAUGGCCGUCGGUGCGGGCAUCGCCGCGCGGACGACGGAGCAACUGGCGGACGCUUGGAGGAUCUGGCCGGUGAUGACGAUUUCAGCUGUGCACUCGGCAGUGAAGGGCUGGUUCACACGGAUGGAUGCUGCCCUUCUUGGGCUUCCAAGGGGGCUGGGACCAGCGGUGUCGUCGUUGAUUCGUCUCUUGUCGCUGGCGAUCGCCGCUUCCAUAGUCACCUCGGUGAUCACCAGGACUUCCCAAGACCUUCUGAAGCUGCCAUCGAGGGCUUCCAAGGCCGUUGGAGACCCUUCCAGCUACACUCCGGGCAGGCACAAUUGGGUGGCGGCUCCCUCUCGGUGGGACCCCCACUACUGCAGCGUGUGCAGCGAAGCCAUCGCAUGGAACUCAGACGCCGGCGUCCGUUGCCAGAUAUGCGGAUCGCAUGCGCACGCGAGCUGCAGCAAGCGCGCCCAUAAGGAAGGGUUGGGAUGCAAGACCCUGUGCAGCGCGGACGUGGAAACCUCUCACAAGCGGCUGUAUCACCCACUGGAGGAGGCCGAGGACGAAGACGACGACGCUUGCCUCCUCCCGGAGCCGGAGGAAAAACCUCCUCCUGUGAUGCGGCACCAGUGGAUGCGCGGGAGCAUCGACGACUCUCAGCCGUGUGCCGCCUGCGGAGGUUCUUGCGCUGGCAGCGGCGCCACGGGACAACACGGAUUCUCCUGCGCCUGGUGUAAGCUACAGGUGCACGAGGGCUGCAUCUCCCGCGUGACCCACACGGAAUGCUCGCUCGGCCGACACCGCCGCUUGAUCCUCCCGCCGAUCGCGGUGCUCAAGGACCAGCCGCGAAAAAAACGCGGUCUCAUUCGGGACGCGGUGAGCAAGGUGCGGAGGGUCCUUCCCGGACACCGCGACGACGAGUGCGAGCCGCCUCCGUACAGCGUGGAUCCGAACGACCCCGAAACGGUAGCGCCGGCGACAGGGGGAGCAUCGGCCGGGCAAGGCGCCGGCUCUUCGGACGGAGGAGGGUCCGACCAGGGGAGCGGGUUCGUGGAGGCCGUGAGGGAGGCGGCGGCGGCGCUGGACGUCUCGGGGGCGAAGGAGGUCGGGAGCCGGCUUGCCGGAAAGGUUCGGGACGCCGGCGAGAAGGUUUUGGAUGCCGGGUUCGACGUGGCGGCUGGCCUUGAUGUCGCCGGGGACAGCGCUAAGGAGGGGGGGCGGCGGCUGGCGGAGAAGGUAUUGGACGCCAUGCCGAUCGAGCUCGAGGACGAUGUAUGGGAAGAGGCGUUAAAGGGGGAGGGGUGCAGGAGUGUGGACAAGGAUGUAGAUGACGACGGUGGUGAUGGUGACGAUGAUUCUGAGCCGCCGCCCCCUGCGACUAGUAUUCGUGAGGCCGAGGUCGACGGAGUGUGGGAAGAGGCCCUGUCCCUGUCGGCUGCGGCGAAAGGAGAGGAGGGGGAGUCGUCGCUCGCAGGCGAUGCCGAGGGGGAGAGGACGGCCGCAGGGACGGCCGUGAAAGGGUUGGGGGGGGGAGAGAAGGCGUCGUCGAGGCGCGGGGGCCAGUCAUUGCGACCAAGGCCAGCAGCGGAUGAAGAAGCAGCGGAAGAAGCGGUAGCGGAGAGGGGAGGGGAUGAGCGGACCGUCGGGUCUCCUGGCAUUGCAGCAGUUGACGGUGAUGGCGGUCAAUGGGAUGGCGAUGGUGAUGGCGACGGUCAAGGUCGGGGUGACGGCGGCGGCGCGUGGGGUUCGGGGAAAAGUGCGGACGAUGAAGGCGGUGUCGGAGAAGAAAACAACGUUGGCGUGACAGCGGCAGCUGCAGAGUCGGGCCCCGCGGGAGGGGAUGCACCGGCGAUAUCAUCCCCUGUCGACGAAGCUUGGACCGAUUCGUCGUCGCAGGAGGACGGGGGCGUGGAGGAUGACGUCAUCCCUGAGGGGGCUCGGGAGACGAUCGUGUCGGAGUUCGUCUCUUUGGUCCCCAGCGAUGGCGGCGGAGGCGGAGGCGGAGGCGGAGGCGGAGGCGGAAAGACAACCGUUGCAUCGUCGGAGGAUGGGGGAGGGGCGGGAGCGCGGGCAGCCGGCCUAGAAAUGCUCAACUUGGGAGAGCCUUCGGAAAACGCGGCGGCGGUGUCCUCUGUCGGUGGCGAUCCCGACGAGAGCGGGGAAGGAGCUCCGCCGGGCGUGCCGGGUGUCUUGGAGGCCGGAAGCGUUGGGCAGAAGCCGGACUACCAGGAGGUCGGCGGGGUAGGCGUGGCUGGUUGGGGGAAGGAUGGAGAAGGGGAGGCUGGCGAGCAGCAUGCGGGGGGGGCGACGGGGGGGGGCGAGAAAGAAGACGGGGUGGCAGAGGAGGAGGAAGACGAAGAGGAGGAGGAGGAAGACGAGGAGGAGGAGGACCAAGAGUGGGUGGUGAAGAUGCAAGAGCUGGUUCCCAAGUUCCAGACCAGCGGAGAAGGGGCGGAAGCGACCACGACAGUGAGCUACACCCGCAAGACCAGGUCGGUGACCCUGUCCAUCUGCGAGGAGAACAUUCCGGACGACAGCUGUCCCCUCUUGGUGUUCGUCAACUCCAAGUCGGGGGGCAAGCAGGGCGGUGUGCUCAUCAGCCGCUUCCGGGCGCUUCUCAACCCUCUACAGGUGAUCGACUUGAGCCAGGAGGACCCGCUGGAGGUGUUGCAACGCUUCCGGAACGUGGCUAACCUGAGGCUUCUCGCCUGCGGGGGCGACGGGACCGUGGCCUGGCUUCUGCAGUCGGUGGAUGCCAUCAGCUGGAAGGUGAAGCGGCCUCCACUGGCCAUUCUUCCGCUGGGGACAGGAAACGACCUCGCCCGCGUGCUGGGGUGGGGCGGGGGGUACACCGGGGAGGACGUGGAGAACCUCCUUGAUACCAUCGAGAACGCGCAGGUGACGAUGCUGGACAGGUGGUCGGUGUCGGUGGUGACCACAAGCAAGGGGUUCCGCAAGGGCCAGAAGGACCGCCAACUCAUCAUGAACAACUACCUCGGCAUCGGCGUGGAUGGCCAGGUGGCUCUGGACUUCCAUAAGAUGCGCGAGGCGAGACCCGUCCUCUUCUUCAACAGGCUCUUCAACAAGGCUCUGUAUGCCCAGCUUGGCGUGCGCUCGGCCCUUGUGCGGGCUUGCCAUGACUUGCCGUCGCGGAUAGAGCUGCGGUGUGAUGGGCAACUGGUGGACCUGCCCGCGACCACCGCGAGCAUCAUCGCGUGUAACAUCAACAGCUACGGGGGGGGUUCCAAGCUGUGGGCAGUGGAGGAGCGAAAUAGGCGUACCUGGGCAGGGAGAACCUCCAACCAUCCCCUGAGCUACCCCCAGUCCCAGCAGCAACGAACCACCAUGUGGGGUUUCGAUACGGGCGGCCUGGUCAACCCGGGGGGAAGCCUGUCAUCCGGCGGUGCAGGGGGGCAGGCGGCAGCCGUUGGAAACCCUGAGGCGGCAUCGCCACGGGGGGGCGGGGGAGGGGAGAUGCCGCGAACGCCGGCGGCGGCGGCGGCGGCGGUGACUGUGGGAGAGAACACUCGAUUACGGCGCUUCCGUACGCGGCUAGGCGGAGGAGGCGUUGGAAGGGAGGGGAUGGGGUCGGGGCGCCCCCCCCCCCUCGCGGCCGGUUCGGUGGAAGGGGGCUCCGCCGGGGAGGAGGGGUCCUGGGGGGGGGGGAGCGACGCCGGAGAGUCUUCCGAUAGCGACGAGGGGAGGUGGGAGAAACCGAGGGACAGCCGCGGCUCGUCGUCGAAGAGGCGAGAGUCGAAGACCUCGUUUCACGAUGGUGUGCUGGAGGUGGUGGCCGUGGAAGGGGUGCUCCAUCUCGGACAGAUUCAGCUGGGGCUAUCCCGUGCCCUUGCGGUGGCGCAGUGCCGUGAGAUGCAAGUGAAGUCUUCGGCCACGUUGCCGAUGCAGGUGGACGGCGAGCCGUGGAAACAGCCCCCGUCAGAGAUCACAGUCAAGCUCCUCAACCAGGCGGCGAUGCUGAGACCGGCGACGACGACCGAACGGGCCGUUGCCAGCGUGCUGAACGACGUCAGUUCGGCCAUUCAUGGGGCUGAGGAAGACUUGGUCAUAAACGAACGGCAAGCGAGGAUUCUGCUCAGCAGAAUAAGAAGGUCUACGCGCUUGCCGGAGUAGAGGGCGUCAUAGGCUAGUUGGAUGAACAUUCCUUGUGACGAUCGAUUGGUCAGGAAUCCGAGACAGAGCUCUUGGACCACUUGAGCAAUGGUAGCUUUUUUCGCGAUGUAUGAUGUGACCCUUUCACCGCUUUUCGGUACGGGGGUUGGGCAUUGGUUGCGUUAUCCGCCUGGCGCUGGAAAGUUGUGUGCCCUGACCAGGCUGGAGUUGCGGUAUUGGGGUGCAGCGGGAAUAGGUCAGACGCCCUUUUACGGGGGUGCCCGAUGUGUACACUCAACACCAUGUGGCGAUCUGCGCAGCGCCUGCCCACAACGGGUGCUGGCGUCUCGUGUUGCUCGGCAGGCAGCUUGCCGAACAGCGGGAGGAGAUACCCAUGACUCGUUCAUGACGGUCGAUACUUGACACAAACCUGCCCCUGUUCGGCUGUGCGGGAUCACGAGCGAGACGAGUGUGCUUCGCAGAAGUCGACUGUCGUUGGGUGCCCGGCAGCGUGAUCCCGCACAGCUUUCCUGCACAAGCAUUUCAUGAGUGGUGAGCGUUCUGUCCUUCCAGGUCUUGGGGACAACGGAAGGAUGCCCCGUUUCCGCUCCUCGGAGAGACAUGAAUGUCACACUGGUUGGGAUUUCCAGCGGGCGGGAAUACCAUGCAUCAUAACGAGAGCGAUGGGUUGUGCAGGCGUGGGCGACAUAUUGCCGUGUGGUUCUGCUGGUGUGGACGGUCCCACCUCUGUAGGUGCUGUGAAUAGUUACCCAUGUUUGUCCCUUGAGCGGUCGGUUGCGUCUUCGUUUGCGUCCAUAGAUAUUCAGCACAAUUUUUAGUCUUUGCGCGCAGAGGUUGGCGCUUACCGCCUUCUACGGGGGAAGGUGGGUGGUAGGGUAGAACCCUCCCUGCUUGCCAUUGAUUCCGUGUUGCACUUACACAACCGCGUGUUGCGGAGCAUUGUAGGGAUCCACAGAGUGCUGAGGGAAGACAAUAAUCCAAAUCGCGUUGUACAAAAUAACAUUUAUAGAACACGUCGACCGAGUUCUCAGUUUUUUUGGGGCUUUGGGGCGGACACCGUCGUAGGUAUUGUUGAAUAGGAUCCGAACGAAGCUUGAACGCAAGAAGCUAGGCGUGUGCUGGCAUCGAGAACCGAGAAGCGAACUCGAUACACAAUAGUGACGCCCUCUCCGAUGACUGACUUCGAUCUGAUGGCGCACAAAUAGGGGGCUUUGUGUGGGUCUAUGUCAUCCCGUUCGCUCUGGAUGUCGAUUUUUACCACUGUCGGCAUGUUGAUGUUGGAAGCACAGGCCGGGUGCAGACGGGAGGAGGGCAAGCCACGCAGAACAUGUUCGUUGUGCACCUUUCGUGCGGUGCGACAAGU